UAUUUUUCACGUGACCGCAAAAACGCUCCCUCUAGGUAGAGAUGCAUCUACUGUGACGAUUAUUCAAACUUUCAAACAUGGCUGCUUAAACGUGAGGACUUAAACCUCACGAGCGGGAAUACUCAAUUUUCGAGGACAAAGGACUCUCUAAUUAAGGAGAGUCUAGCUGACGACAGUGAACAAGAGACAGAGGUGCAUCAUGGGAACACCCACACAUAUAUUCUAAUUUAACAGAACAGACUGCGUUAAUUUAGAUUCACAAAAAAGGAAUUAGUGAAGGAAAAUUAAUCGGAUCCAAAAUUAUGGGUCCUAUAGAAGUGUUCCAUGCUGGAGUUUCAUUCUCCAUGCAUAUGUAAUAUUCAAGGGAAGUAACUCUCACCUUGCUCCUUGCCAAGUUUUUGAUAAGGAGCUUGUAGGGAUUUGGGAGUUUUUAUCAGUUCUCAAGAGCAAAUUGUGUUCCAUACUAUUUGUGCGUUCUUUUUAGUGAGUGGAAUUAUUUCGGGGGGGAAAAUGAGUCGCAAAACGUGGUCACCUAGUAAAGAGAACCUUCUUCUUCAACAUCUUUCAAAACUGGAGCGAUCUCCAUCAACAGAGGAUCACAAGAAGUAUGGAAGUCAGUGCUCCAUAAAUCUGGAAGAUAAUUUAAUUGAUCUGCCGACAGAGCCAAAAAGGCGACGAAUAAUGGCAGACGACACUCCAAGCUCGAUGGGCAGUCAAGUGAGCAGUCAGAUGAGCAGUAGGUCGCACUCUCCCUCGCUCUCUGAGUUCCUUGACGAUAGUCUCAUGAGCACACCAAAUGCGUCCCCGUCUGGGACGUUGAAGGAACACUUCAGAAGAAAAUACAGAAAAGACGAGCUUUGGGCAGCCAUUGAAACCAACUACAAAUACCUUAUGGACAAGGGUAUUAUUGAAGCUUGUCAAACCCCAGAGAGUGAUGUGGAGGAAAUCAAAGCCAACUCAACUGUUUCGUUCGGCGAGUUCCUUAAGCAGUACAAGGAACUCUCUGAUUGGCUGAAAACUAUCCAGACCGCUCUACAACAGAAGGCGGCAUCCACUCUGGCACUUUCAGAGAAAUAUCUCAACCAGAGUUACUAUGAGGAGAUGCAGCGCUCCCCCAAACUUCAGCUGUGUAACGACUAUGGUAGACAGCUAAAACAGUGUCAACCUGUCCUUACUGAAGAAGUAGAUGUGUUUCUUAAAGAGGUCAACACCCAAUGGGAGACCAUACUGAAGGUUGUGACCCCCACCAACCUGAACCAGGACCCACAGUCUGUGAUCAAAGAUCUGGAGGCUGAUUUGGAGUGCCUGAAGAAAUGGUUGGAUGGAAUUGAGGACCAUCUGAGGUCCCAGAUGACAAGUUCCUGGCAAUAUGAGGAGCUGGAAGGGGUGCUUAAUGAACACAAGAUCCAGCAAAGUGACAUUGAAUCCCACUCACGAGUAAUUUCUGCCGUUCUCAAACUUAGCGACCAACUUCAUGACAACAACCUUGAUGAUGACUUUCUGGAAUCCGCCGCCCACAAUCUGGAGAGAAGAUGGCACGGUAUCUGGCUUCAGUCUCUUGAGUGGCAGUGCCGACUAGAGGAUGCAAUUAGCAGGAAAAAGGGAAUAUUCAACACUGGACCUUACCAGGACCCAUUUUCAAACUUGAGAGAUUAUACUGACGACGAUGAUGAUUAUGACUCGCAGGAUGUAACCAGUGGCGGUGAGGAUAGUUUCCCCGGCCUUGGUUACCGCGGUGACUUCAUCCAGUCACCACCUUUAUUGGACAGCAGUAAUCUGUCCCAGUCGUCAGAUUUUGACAAGAGUAGUGGAAAGGACAGUGCUGUUGCCAGCGAAUCUGAGCAAAAAACCAACUCAGAUAUGUCGGAAAAUUACCAAGAUUUGUCCGUGUCUACGAGUAGCGACUCGGAAAGGGAAUUCUUACGACAAAUCAAAAUGAAGAAACAUGACAGUCGAGAUAUUGGUUAUGGCAGUGAAAGUCAGUCUGAUGAAUUAGAUGGUCGUUACAAGGGUAUUACCUUUUCUGGCAUCAGUGGAAGGGUGCGGAAAACAUCUACAAAAUGUGGCGAUUAUUACGCCACAGUUGCAGUUGAUACCAGUUCCACAGAUAAAACAGAGGGGUGGAUUUCCACCAAUCCCGAUCAGACCUGUGAUGAUUCAGAUAUUAAUGCCCAGAUUCAGCAAGUUCUGAAACAGGAAGAACCAGAAAUGGAGGAUAUCCGUUACCUUAUCGACCAAGCAGACAUUAUGGUUCAACAAGGAAACACAUUCAAUAAGUCAUUCUCCCCACAGCGCACUGUAGCGGGUACAGGAGAAGUUGCAACUGAAUCUCAGCAAGAAUCAUUGUCAUCAUCAUCCUCCUCUGGUGCAAGGGAAAUGGUGGACAAAGGUGUUGGGACCAUUGAGAGUUCCUGUGAUGCUAGUGAUGAAGAGAGUGGUGAAUCAGAUGGUCACCAGGAAGAUGGCACUGAAACUAUGGACAGCGUUAUAGCAAGUGAAUACACUUCUGAUGAAAUGAGAAAUAACGUGAGGGAUUAUUCAAAACUGCCAAAACUAUACGAUACAAAUUCUUUGAGGACAAGGUUGAAAGGCAGCAGGAAAGAUCGACCUUGGAGUGUCAUUGAAAUGCCAGAUGUGAUUGAACAAAAACCUUUGUCAAAUUCAGAGAGUGCUAUAGAUAAACUAACUGCUUACAGUGACUCAGAAAUACCUUCGAACAAAUCUCGGAAAUCUUCACAAUCAUUAUCACCCACAUUCCCACGACAUCGAAUACGUAAAGCUCAAUGUGUUCAGCGUCCAGUUUCUCGAGAUUUGAUCCCAAAACGAUCUCAGAUUGGCGCAAAACGAAAACUUAAUCUCACCAUACCUGUAAGCCCACAUGACAAAACUUCAGGGACCGAAUCAUCGCAUAGUGCUUCUUGUAUCGUCACCCCAACUAACAAUGUAUAUAUUGAAACUGUACAUAUGGAAUUAGAACAAAAUAGAAGUGGUGUAAACUCAGAGACUAAAGAACUGAACUCAGAGAACAGUGCCUCAGGUAACGCCAGUGUAGUGCCUUUAAUAGAAACGUGUACGUCAGAGGACGAAGCCCUGACGCCACUGUCAGGCAAGAGUGGCCUGAUUUCAACAUUACAGAAUGCCAGGUUCAAAUCCAGUGGAAGCAGCCAAGAGGAGACAGACACUCAAGCUGAUCCUACAGUAGUGUCAGAGAUCGAUGAUGCAAACAAUGACGGAAACUUCUCAGAAAAUGCCUGGGACAAUUAUCAGGCUGCCUUGUACCCAACAGGAAGUGAAGAUCAGCCAGAGGAUGCAUUGACCUGGGAACCAGGCGAGAUGGAAUUUGAUGAUGAAUUCAGUCUACCCCAGUCCACAAUCCUGGCCACUCUGUUGGCACGUAGAUCUGAGGAGGAAUCCUUCAGUGGGGUGCCUCCAAAACUGGUACCGUCAAGUAAAGGAAACUUUGAGGACAGUGACUCGGACAUCGAGGAUCUGCACCACGUCCUUGAGGAAUCUAGAAUGCAGCUGAAAGUUGCUGACAGGUCCCUCAAGAAAAAGAGGAAAGACCCCCUAAAAACAGGGCUGUACCUGAACCCAGGCAAAUACGGUGAAUUGUUGGCCACUAUUGAGACAAACAUCAAAUGUUUGGAGGCUAUCAGUCAACACCUUGACCAGGCUGAUGUCACCGAGGCUGAUAUACAGACCAUUCAAGAUCUGUUGUACCAGUGGGAGAAGUUGCAUGCUUUGGCAUCUGAUAGGCGUAACCAGUCGCAGGAAGUAAAGACAAUGUAUGCAACAUUCCUGUCAGUAGAGGGUGUGGCUACAGAAGGGGUACCAGAAGCUGAGAAAAGGAAAUUUAAAAAUAUUGAGGACCUUAAAGCAAAUGUGCUGGAUGUACAGGAUAAAUUGAAGUUCUUGCAAUGCCAAAAACAGAUGUUAGGUGAUCUGAGAAAUGCAGCAACAACAUUCUCUACCCAGAAUCCUUCAGUAAAUAUGGCUGGCUUCCUGUGUCAAAUACAAAAUACCGAGGACAAGAUUGAUGAGCUUAUGCAACAGUGUACAAACCGUGUUAUGGAGCUGGAGCACAUACAGUAUGUGUGGCAGGAGUAUAAGGAGACAAGGUGUGAGCUUGAGUUCCUACUUACUCAGGAGCGAGAGCUGCUGGAGAGAAUUGCAUUCUCCCAGGAGAUGGAUGACCAGGGAUCACGUAUUGGUGUGGAGGCUGACCUGAAGAAGUUGGUUAACAACCUGGCUGUCUAUGAGGAGAAGUUGAUCACACUGCAGCGAUUACGUGCAGAACUGAUGGAUAUCUCAGAUGAAGAGAUGCAAACAGAUCUGACAGCCAGUAUCGCCGACAUUCGCAACCAGCUGUACGUGGCUCAGAGACAGUGCCAGGACAUGAUGGAUGCAGAUCUUCUCACUCGAGAACUCCAGGAGAAAGACGUUGAACAGGAUUCUGGUAUGGAAGUCGAAGACAGGAUGGAGGUUGAUGAGGUUGACUUUAUGUUUCAGAAGGUUGAAGCUGUUCCCAUGGAAACAGAAAAACCUAGGUUUAGAGAGGUUGCAAAGCCCAAGAAGAUAGUACCAAAGUUACCUGUGAAGAAGGAGUCAAAGGUACCAGACUGGCUGAAGUCAUUUCCGCUACAAGCCAUCGCAUUUGCUGUAUUCUUAGGGCUCAUGUAUUUAUUUGCUCCAAAGUCAUUACAUAAAUUACUUGAUUUCUCCCUGAGGUUUUCCCCAGAGCUGAAGUAUGUAAAUGGGCCACCUCCUAUGUAAAAUAAUGAUGUAUAUAUUCAUGAACUAAAAAAUGUAGUUAUAUUGGCCCUGAAAGGGUUAUAGAUAAAAACAGAUUGUGCUGGCCCUGUAUGUUGCAUAGUUGUACUGUGUAUUGGCCCUGGGUUGGUUAUAAAUAAAACAGAUUGUGCUGGCCCUGUUUGUUACAUAGUUGAGUUGUACAGAUUGGUCCAGUGGCACAUGUGUACGGAGUUUUGUGAGGAAGGUUUAAAAAAGUGCUAACUGUGAGACUGAAUAUUAUAUUUGUAAAAAAAAUGGUACUGAAACCGUUAACAAAAAAAGGAUGGAGGAAAUGUAAAUCAUAGGGUUAAAGGAAGGGAGAAUUUGUACAUAUAUUUGAAAUAUCUAGUAUGUUGAGAUUACACAGAAUAUUGACACAGUGAUUGAAGAAGAUUGAAAUGUGCAAAAAUGUAUUUGGUUGUGAGUUUUGCAUUACCGGUGCAAUGAUUUAUGAAAUACCUGUGUUCGAAAAUGGGAAAGAAGGCCAGAGGGCCGGGGGAGCUGUGAAUGUUUAUAGUUUGUUGUUAUGUACAGGGUAGCAUUAAGAAACACUGUAAAUACCUCAUAUAUUUAUAACUAAUUACUGCUGUUUAUAUGAACAAUAAUUAGUACAUUUUUUUAUGUAGAUUGCUUCAAGACGAUAAAUAGAAUAGGCAAAAAAAAACAUAUCAUAUAAGCACUUUAUUGAAACUUUAUUCAAAUUUUGCAUGAAUAUAAGGUGCUUCAUAUUGGAUUAGGAACAGAAAUUCUGUUUCUGAAGCUUAAAAUUAGACUUAAUAUAUGAAGUGUAAGUAGAAGAUGGAAUUAUCUGAAAAUAUUAUAAGAUUGUACAGGCCAACUUGUGGCUAAUGUUUACAUGUCGUUCAUGAGACAAAAUGUAGACAAACAUUUCUGUAACUGGAAAUACAGAAGUACAUGAAGAAAAAUCCCGGAUUUGACAGUCACUGAAACAGUGGCAAUUUACCAUAUUUAUGACUUACUUUACCAGCAUGGAGAAAACUUGGGGCUUGUCAAUGACAGUCUAGUAGAGCUGUCUGGAAGAGAACUCUGUUAUGUGUAUGUAAUGAAAGUAAGAAAUAGAUAUUUGUUUGUGGAGGUCAUUAUUCAUAUGUCCUUGACAUGGUACAUGUAAAAGAUUUGUACUUGCAAUAUGCUGGUAUGAUAUAUAUAGUGUUGUGUAACAAAUACUGCAUAUUGGUCUUAUAAUCAGUAUCAUUGAGAAAAUACUGUAUAAAUAAGUAUUUAUAAUGGACAAUUUUAUACUUUAUGCAUGUGAUAUUGAGAAAAAUGAACUGAAAAAAAAAAUGAAAAUAAGAAAAUUGUCAUGAAAAAUAUUUUUAAAAAUGCUAAGAGAAAAUCAGGGAAGUAAAAUUCUCUUUAAAAAAAAAGAUUACUUAGGUUGUAACAGCACAUUGUGAGUACAAAAACUAUUUUGGGUGUAUUGUAUGGAUGAAGCUGGGAUGUGUAGAUAUUUAAUUAAGCAAAUUGGAAACAUGGUUCAGAGUUCUUUGAGAGUGCAGUAGCACUGAAAGGAAGUACAGUACUUCACUGUAGAAACAAAUACUACAGAAGCAGUUACACUGCUAAAUGUCCAUUUGUAAAUGUGACAUUAUUUUGCUGCCAGUAUAUGGUUAGCGUAAAACAGAUGUACAAAAAAUGUGAAAAUUGUGCAUCAUAGGGGUAAAGUGUUAGUAACCAUUGAUUUGGUGAAGAAAUGCAAUGCGGAAGUUGCAUGCAACAGUGGAUGAAACUCCACAGAAUUAUUGGGGAUUUUUUUUUGUGUUAGAGCCAUCAGCUCCACAAAGUAACUGUUAGUGUGUUGACAGUUGAAUUAAUGUUAUAUCCAGAAGAAAAAAACUGGAUUGGCGAAGUUACUGCCCCUGAUUAUGAAAAAUGGUAUGAAUAUGCCAAAACUUUUGCUGUGUUUAUAGCAAUGUGGACAGUCAUAUUGGUCUGCUUGAUUCUUAUUGCAGAAAGAGGCUGUUUAGUUAUUAUUAUGACUUGUCAGUGAACUCCAUGCUGAAGAACAUGUUCUGUGUUGGGCUUGACCGGCCUCAUUUAUCAGACAUGUUACCAUAUUAUGUGACAUAAGGAACAGUUGAGUUGGAAAUAAAUAGUUUCCUCCACAAUACAGGUGAAAAGUACCUAGUAUGUAUUGCAUACUGAAACUUUUUGUACUGCGUCUGCUGCAAAACAAAUUAUUGUGAAUGGAAAAAGCCUUACCAGAGGUGAGCAAGAUAAAAGGUUUUGGAACGAUAAAAGUUUUAUUGUGAAUAUUGUAAAAAGUGGACACUUGUGUAUGAAAAAAAUAAAAAAGUAUAAAAUUUGAGAAAAAUCUGAUAAAAAUAUAAAAUGAGCAUACAGAUUUGUAUCAGUUUUUAUUGUGACCUUAAGUUGAAAUGUAACAAAAAUGAGAAAUAAAUGAGAAAAAAAUUGGUGAAAGAAUUUUUU